AUGGACUUCUCACUCUCCACACCUCCACUUGCUAUAACCUCUCUCCCCAACCCAGUAACCCACCAACCCAGGAAAAAGUGGACAAGAAGACAAGCAAGAUUAGUUGAAUCCAGUUCCUCAAUUCCCAAUCCAGCACCCCCUGCUUCUCACACCAAAGAUGGUAUUUCUUGGGAUAGAGAACUCAUUUGCAGCUCCUUUUCUCAAUCUGAAAGUGAUGCAAUCUUGCAGAUCAAAAAUUUGAACAGACACUUGCCUGAUAAGCCAACCUGGGAGCUUCGGUUGCUGGUUGCUGUAAUCAAGUCGCAGAUGGCUUCUAGCUUGCCUCUGAUCCUUAUGGAUUGUGGUCAGAAAUGA